GAUUCUAUGGGUUUCACGCUUUAGUUUAAUCCUUCUAGUUAAAUGGCCUCUCCCGGCCUAACCUGACAAAACUAACCAUCAUGAAGAACUUCGAUGCAAGGGGAAAAUGCAAACAGGAUGAAAGCAGAGGCCUGGUCGGUGGACUCUAAUACACAGAAGGCCAAUAAGUACUGAAAGAUGAAUACCAAACCUACUACGGGACAGCAUGUGCAAGAGUGAACCAACGUACCCGGAAGGGCCUGCCAACACUUCUGAAGGAGACCCAACAUGUGCAGCACCAGUGAGUGUGACCUGGAAGACAUCCCCCUGGAGGAUGAUGACCCAAACAGCCUGGAGUUCAAAAUCCUGGCCUUCUAUGCCAGGCACCACGUCUUCAAGAGCACGCCAGCCGUCUUCUCACCCAAGCUCUCCAGAACAAGAAGUUUGUCCCAGAAAGCACUGGUGGGGGCUUGGUCAACUGACUCCUGGACACAGGUGCCACUGCCUUGCAGAAGCUCCCCCUCCAGUGAGAAGCACUUAAGCCUUGGCAAGAAGAAGUCUUCCUGGAGAACAUUCUUCAGAGCAGCAGAGAAGGAGGAAGGCCCGCCGAGCUCCCCAAAGGAAGUCCGUGCUCAGGGUGCUCAGAGCCCCUUGGUGGUGCAGCGUCAGGGCCUCCAGAACCAGCACUGGGCCAGGUCUCUGUCCAAUGUGGAGCAGCGCCUAGAGGUUGAAGCUGUGGACCCCAAAGUUGCUUGUAUCGCUAACCGAGUGGCUGAAAUUGUUUGCUUGUGGCCACCACCAGAAGAUAGCCACAUCCAGGGAGGAGGCUGCAAGUUCAAAGAGAGCAUCCCAGAGGUUCCGUACUUGCGGCUUGAAGGCGCUAGAACUUGUGAUUCUAAGAAAGAUGGAGAAGAUGAAAUAAUAAGCAAAAUUGUCGAGCUGCUGAAAUACUCAGGGGAUCAGCUGGGAAGAGAGAUGAAGAAAGACAAGGCUUUGAUGAGCAGCUUCCAGGAUGGGCUGUCGUACUCAGUGUUCAAGACCAUCACAAACCUGUUCCUGAGGGAUGUAGACACCAGAGGAGAAUCAGAAGUCAAAGCUCAGGGCUUUAAGGCUGCCCUUGCAAUAGACGCCAUAGCCAAGCUCACAGCCAUAGACAACCACCCAAUGAAUAGGAUGCUGGGCUUUGGAACCAAGUACCUAAAAGAGUACUUCUCCCCCUGGAUCCAGCAGAAUGGUGGAUGGGAAAAAGUACUUGGGAUAUCACUUGAAGAAGUAGACUGAAAUAUCCAAAGACCUAUCAUCUGGAAUGUUCCUUGUCCAACGGUGGUCCUGUGCCCACUGCUCUCAGCAUAGACUUCAGGAGAAAAUUAAAAUGUAUGCAGCAGAUGGAGCCCAAAAUUUCUAGAACCUUUGACUCAAGAGGCAUCGGGAGAAGCCUUGCUCUUGCAGCUCUUAGGAUUCAGUAGCAUGGACUUUGCAUCGAGGUUAACUGAGCUGAGUGUGUGAAGGAGUCCAUAAAGAUAAGCGGUGAUUUCACCAUUAAAUGUUCAGAACGGAAACCAUCCUGUUAGUUACAUUAGAGGACGAGUUCAGUGGGUGUCUGUUGAUCUCAGGGAGGUGAAAUGAUAAACUAUGCAUGUGCUUAC